CAAAGCAGUAACCAAAAAACAAAAGCAGUAUAAUUAACUGGUUUGUUUUGCUAGCGCCUGUUGUUCCCUUAUCAGCUUGAAACGUAGAAUGUAUAAAUUAGAUUACUCAUUUUCCUUGGACUCAUAAUUUUACGCUGUUGAAUAUUUCAAGAAGAAAAACAAAUAAGCCAUUGUUAUGGCGCUUAUAAACAUCGAUGGCGAUCCCUGGCUCAGCGACCUGGAUGCCUGUGAGCGGCUGAGCAACGAAAUCCAAUCACAGCUGGUGGCACGGAAUCGUGAAAAUUCUCUUUCACGAGAAUAUUCGUCCAUCUCCGGUCAGAUUCGGGUGCGGAUAAAGCAGUUCGGAUCCGAGCUCGAGCAGUUGAGCAAGAAGCUAGGCUACACCUCUAGCUCGCUUACUUCCGCCGAAGCGGAACGUAGACAGCGGCAGCUGGAGGCGCUGCAGACCAAGUUGGUCCAGCUGCAAAGGCAAUUUAACACUGUGGAGGCUCAGGUGGAGAGAACAAGCCUAUUUGCAUCCGGCAGUUCCCGACUGUUCGAUGAUGAUGACGAUCCGGCGCUGAUUAAACCGGAAUCGAGUUACACCGUCGCGGAUUUGAGAGCCCAUCAGACGAGAUUGUUGGAGGAUCAGAAUGAGGGUUUGGAGGCACUCUCGAAGGUGAUUUCCAGACAAAAGGAACUGGCAUCGAGAAUUGGCACCGAAGUCGAUCAACACAAUGAAAUUCUAGAUAACCUGGCGGUAACAAUGGAAACGACGGACGGGCGCAUGAAUCGGGAAACACGCCAGAUAGAAACGGUGACCGAACUGGAUUCCACUUGUGGAUAUUGGACGGUGAUUGGGAUUUUAGCGGCGGCUAUAAUCAUCGUAGCUAUUUUGAGCUAGUUUUUGGAUUUCUACUUUUCAUGCAAUAGUUAUUUGCGAUGGCCAGGAUAUGGAUCUGGAACAGUGUCAAUAUAUGCGAAACAUAAGCAUCGUAAACCUUGUAUGUUUAUAUUAUAAGACGAGAUUGCAAAUUUCAUAUACCAUAGAUAGAGAACAUUAUGUUUUAAUGUUUAUUGGUCAAAUUCCAUGUAUAUAUUCGCCUGUCGCCAGGAUAAUAAUGAUCAAUUGAAACGAAAAAUAACAAUACAUAUUUCAAUUUUAAAGAAUAGUGUUAUUUUUGAACAUACAAGAAUACGACACUCAUAUAGUUCGCAGAGGAAAUCAU